UCAGUCUCAGUUCGCGCGCAUUUACCUGUCGCUUCGCACCUGCAGUUGAUAACCGACCGCAUCGCGAUGAGUACGUUCGGAAACGAACGCAUCAGUUUUUGAACGAACUUACGAAAGAUAGUUUCUGAACGCUCGUGUUUGUUAAAGUUAUAAUUUUUUUAUGUUAUUAUUAUUGUAAUGACUGAAUAAUUGUGUUGUGUUUGUGACGUUGGAAACGAUUUAUUUAAUUGUGGAAUUUUCAUUUAUAUUAGAGUGGGAGUGGAUGUGAAAACUGGAGAAGACCCGCAGGAACGGGUCGACUCUCCCUUUGCGCUACAGCGAAAGAUCCACAAUGACGGUGAAAAGGGCAGCUCGUACUGGCGGGUAUGCCGUCAUCGUGUCCAGGCAGAAGUUACACACCAGCCAGCAGUUAGACAUGCUGGCUGUCAGCAAAACACCACCACAGACCUACAACAUCAUCGUUGGCUUCAACGAAAAAGAUCAGCUACAACUACUCACAGACGACAAAGACGAGGACAAAAAACAUAAAGAUUACAAUGAGUUUAUCAAUAACAAAUACGAAAAUAUCGCAAUAGAUGACAUAGCUAAUUGUGUUAACAUCGAAAACUAUCCAAACUGCGAGAAAACUCUAGUCUUCUACGUCAAUAAGAACGUUAACACAGAAGCAAUCGUUUUGAGAUUCGAAAAUGAACAAGACUUCAAGAGAAUAUACUUCACUUACAAAUAUUUUAAAAUGCGUAACCGACUGACUAUGAAUACUAAUUAUACAAGUAACGAUAACUUAUUCUCUAAAAAAAGAACGACGGACUCAAUUAAGAAUAGAAAGAACAGUAUUGACGACUACAGUUAUGAUAAAAAUCGUUCGGAAUUCGAUUUACUGCAAACAGAUAGCGAUGGAGUAACUCACAUAUCUGUACAUCAAAAGGGUACCAGUCGAUUUGACCAACCUUUAAGUCUGAUAGGUUUUAAAAGUGAUAUAGGCGAUACUGGUGAGAUAGACAGCAUUAUUUACACAGAUAUAGAAAUACCUACGAAACCAGAAAGAAAAAGGUUUUUCAACAAAAAAACUAAGGCACCAUCACCGCCACUGCUUCCGAAGGACACAGCUAAAGUACUAAAAGGUGAAUUCGUCAGAGUGAACGUUGAAAGAGCUCCAGAUGUUAUACCAAAAGAUAAUAAACAAAAUAGAAUUCCAGAUAUCUUAAUGUUUAGAGAUACAAAACCUAAAAGAAAUAGCCCGACCAGUACUUUGUGGACAGCAAGCAAUAAAUUAAGCACCGGCUACGAAUCCGAUCGGGAAGAAUGGAGAAGCAGUCGCUCCCAGUUCUCUACAACAGCUUUCGACAGUCUAGCGAGACCAACCAAAAUGGCGAUGGCAUUAACACUAAGGAAACCUCAGAGACUUGAUCCAGCGCCACAGUAUUACCGCCUUUCCAGCGAACCGAAACCAAAACUUACCCCAUUACCGUUCAGACCGAAUAACUUCUUACAACGAGCACCAAGAUUACCUCGCCCGAGUCCAGAAAUAAAGAGAAAUCUGAGUACGGAUCAUAGGAAAUAUACAUCACUGCAGAGCUUAGAAUUACCGAAGAAGUUGAGCGAACCUAAGAAGAAUUCGAAUUUGUCGAAUAGGAUAACAGGAUUGACGAAUAAAUUGCGAGAUUUGGGUGUAGCUAGUAAUACUAUUGGGAGAUUCAAGGCUCAGUCGCAUGGGGAUGUUGCAAAUCUCAAGCCAGUAUUAAAAAAUAACGUUCAAGAUGGAGCGAAACGUUCAGUUGUUAGGACAUGCAGCGUUGAACCACCAAAGAAAGUUACUUUCAGCGCUUUUGCUACCGUCCAAGUUGUCUAAAUUUUUUUAAUAAUCUUAAGUAAUCUAGAUAAUAUUUAAUCUUCAUUUCCUUUGAUUAGAAUCGUGUGUAAAUGACUGGGUAUUAAUUAAAUUUAGUUUUUAUAUUGAUAUGAAAAUGUAUAUUCGGAAGAUAAUUUUAGACUUUAUUAAGAUUGAGAAUGGGCCGGGAUUCCUGUGUAAAUAACGUUUUUAGUUUUGCUUUUGUAAAACCUCUUAAAUUACGAAUUCUUAGUUAUAAGCAAAUAUUGAUUGCUGUUAUGUAUUUCUUUACUUAUUCAUAUUUAUGCUAUUUGUCUAUUUUGCACGCAGUUUCCGUAGACUUACCAAAUAAUGUUAUUAUGUUGAAAGAAGUCGCUUUUUAAUUUCUGCAUGUAAGACAUCACUUUUAGCAUUCUGCAAGCACUAAAUUAAAUUUUAAUUUUAAAGUAAUAUAAACGGAGCGACGAUUUUGUCUAGUCGAUUAAUCUUUAACUAUCAAAACAAUUUUAUAAAACUUAAUUGUGAUCCCUUAGUAAAAGAGAUAGCAAUAUCGAGUGCAUAAAAUAUCGAAAACAAAAGUAAUCGAUUAGGCAAAAUGGCCGUCAUCGAUUCCGUAUUUAAAAUUUCUGUUAUUUUGAAUCUGAACUGACAGUUGUGAACUUCCGCUUGCCCGGUGCAAAGGAUCCAACGCUUGCGAUGUCCUACAGUCCGAUAAACUUAUUUGACCCGGUAAGCACAAGAGAACAAAAGCGCAUGGGCUCAAACUGGCCAACGAAGUGACACUAGAUCCUUGAAGUACUAUCUGUCUUGUCUAGACUUAUCUUCUUUGUGAUUUUCUAUGCUUUUACAUGUUUUAUAUUAAAAGUAUGAUAACAGCGGCAUCACCGGGCCAGACGAGUUUGUCGGACAACAAUAAAACGAAAUGCCACCAAUCUUUGAUAGAUUGCUGUCGGUCAGUUUCAGGUGAUGAUGGAAAUUAAAUAGGAAUUUAUUUAUUGUUAUUUAUUUAUUCUAUACGAAUAUCUAUCAUGAACAAUAACAAACGAAUAAAAAAAACAUUUUUACAAACAUGAGGUAAAAAGGUUAAUAUCUAAAUAACUGGAAUAAACGUAAUUUAAAAACUGUAAUAUUGCAAUAUUCAAGCCAUUUUUCUAGAAAA